AUGGCCAGUAUCGAAGGUGCUGCUGUGUCUGCAAUUUUGAAAAUUUUGGCAAACAAGUUAGCUCCAUCGAUGUUGAAGCAGUACAGCUCUAUAGUGGGUGUGACAAUGGAUCUCCAGGAUCUCAAGGGUCGAUUUGAGGAUAUCAGCUCCUGGCUAGAAAAAGCAGGAUGUAAAACAAUGGAUAAUGAUCAAUUUUUCAUCAGAAAAUUGAAACACGUCGCAUACGACAUUGAUGAUAUUGUUGAUGAGUUCCAUCUAGAGGCUGAGAAGCAUGAAGCUGAAGUUGCCAACAAUAUUGUGUCAAAAUGUCUCUGCACAAAACCAAAAUCAUAUCUGUUUCAAUUCAAGGCUGCCCUCAAGAUCAAGGCUAUAAAGAAUAGAUUUGAUGCAAUAGUGAAGCAAAGAACUGACUUCAGUGCAAUAGUAAACAGUUUGCCGGAAGGUCAUCCUGUUCCACACAUGAACAGGACUGCCAAGGCAACUCCAACAGUGCCAAAUGUUGCUGUGGCAUCAAUAAUAUGUGGAAGAGAGCGAGAAAAGCAGGAAAUAAUAUCUAAACUGGUGGACAAAAAUAACCAACAGAUAAUCAAGAUAGUCUCCAUAAUUGGGCUUGGUGGCUCUGGGAAAACUGCCUUGUCUAACCUAGUUUUCGGUGAUGGUAACUCCGUAAAGGAUCAUUUUGAAGUAAGAAUAUGGGUUCAUGUGCCCCAAGAAUUUGAUGUCCAACAGCUUAUGAUGAAGAUGUUUGAAGCCAUUACUUAUCAAAAAUCUGAACAUCAUUCCAUACAGAACAUAAUUCAAACUAUAGCAGAUACAUUGACUGGAAAGAGGUAUUUGCUUGUAUUAGAUGAUGUCUGGACUGUGGACCGAAGUCAAUGGGAAGAUUUUAUGUUAUAUAUAAAGAGAGGAGCACCUGGAAGUAGUAUUUUGUUGACAAGUCGCAAUAGAAAUGUUGCAGAAGCAGUGGAAUCAACAGAUCUGUCGAAGUUGUCGUCCUUGUCUAAGGAUGAUAGCUGGACAGUGUUCACUCAGAUCAUUGGUGAGGACAUAAAAGGUUUGGACUCUGAAUUAUUGGAAGUUGGGAGAGAGAUUGUGAAUAAAUGUGGUGGGGUGCCACUUGCAAUUAAAGUUCUUGCAAAUGUCCUUCGUGGCAAGACACGUAUAGAACAAUGGAAGGCCGUGAGAGACAGUAAUCUACUAGAUGCUGAGGAUAAAGAGCAUAGAUGCAUGGAGCUUGCAGCCUUGUCAAAUUCUAUUGGUAGAAAUAAAAAGCUAAGAGUUCUUAAACUAGAUCAUACCAAGAUUAAGGAGCUACCACUAGUAGAGCUACCUAAAGAAAUUAACAACUUGGAGAAGCUUCAAGUUUUGAACUUGGAAAAUCGUGGGGAACUGGUAAAUCUACCUGAAGGCACUAGCAAGUUGGAGAAGCUUCAAGUUUUGAACCUCGAAGGCUGUAGGAAGCUGGUAGAGCUGCCUGAUGGCAUUGUCAAGUUUGAGAGGCUUCAAGUUUUGAACCUGAAAGAUUGUGAAGAAUUGAGAGGGAUGCCUAUAGAGCUCGCAAAUGUAGGUAGGAAUAGUGAAGGUCUAAUUAUCAGAGGUAUUUCACAUGUGUUGGAGAAAGAUGAUGCACAUAAGGCAUGCUUGAAAGAGAAGACAAAUUUACAGAGGUUGAAGCUAGAAUGGAAGAUGCGUCAGAAAGGUGAGGUGAACACUGAGUUUUUCUUUAAUGAAAAGGUGGACACUAUGUUGGAGGAGGCUGUACUUGAUGGCCUAGAACCGCCAGUUGGGAUUAAAGAGCUAGAAAUUUGUGGGUACUCAGGCGAGAAAUAUGCAUGGUGGAUGCAGAAUCAGGUUGUUGGUACUGAAGUAAAGGGGCAAGCUUGCUUCCAAUUUUUGAGGGCGAUGAAGCUAUCUGAUUUCCAAGGAUUGAAGCAUCUACAAGGGCUUGUGGAACUUCCUUGUCUGGAGGAGCUUGAGCUGCACAAGAUGCCUUCUCUUGAGAGCAUAAGCUGUGGCCCAUUUUCCUUCACUGGUGAAGUUAUUAAUGGAUGA